CUGAAGCUUAUAGAACAGCUGGAAGAUGUUUCUCCUUGAUCUUCUCCAGACGAUACUCCUCUUCAAGGUUCCAUUGCUGAGCCAAUUCGCGCCACCCCGUCGGAACCCCACCUCUGGCGGCGCAUUCGAUUGCUCGGCCGACGCUAUUAAGUCAUUGCUGCCGGAGGGGUCGAAGGUCCUUUAUGCUUCUCAUUAUGAUGCUGAUGAUAGCUUCACUCCUCCGCUUGAGCACAAUUCUGGCGCCUUUAGGAUCUCGUCGUAUGUGCUGCCCAGGAGCGCUUGUAUCUUUCAGGCGAAUUUGACACUGCCUGGGGAGACGGAACAUAGUGUGGGGGUGAUGUUGCCGGAUGAUUGGAACGGGAGGUUCUUGACUGCGGGAAAUGGGGGGUUUUCGGGAAGUGUUAGUUGGGGAUCUAUUAUUGACGCCUCUUGGUAUGGGUUCGCUGCUGUAUCGACGAAUACAGGCCACGAGAGCUCUGGCGCCGAAUGGGCUUACCAUAACCAAGAAGCUCUCGCCAACUGGGGCUACAGGGCCAUGCACGAUGCAGUUGUCAAUGGCAAGUCUGUGACGGAGCAGUAUUAUGGAAAGAAGAUUGCCUACAGUUACUACCGCGGCUGCUCCGCGGGUGGAAAGCAGGGUCUCAAGGAAGUUGAGAUGUUCCCCGACGAUUUCGACGGAGUGAUUGCUGGAGCUCCCGCCUGGUGGACAACCCAUCUGCAACUCUGGAACAUGAUUGUCGGUAUUUGGAACUCACCAGCAGACUCCCAACAUCAUCUGUCGAACGAACAUAUUGAUCUUUUGGCCCACGAGGUUAUUCGCCAAUGUGAUCCCCAGGACGGGGUGGAAGACAAUAUCGUCAUGAAUCCGGAUGCGUGUAUCUUCCAUCCAGAAGCUCUUCUGUGUGCGGAUGACGCUGAAGAUCCCUCCACUUGCCUGAACACAGAGCAGAUCAAGACGGUCUACAAGCUCCACAACGACUGGGUAGAAGCAAACCACACAUUCGUUUUCCCACAUCUCACUCUGAGCAGCGAAUGGAAGUGGAGCGGCUUGGUUUCUUCUCCAUCGAGACUGGGUACUGACUACGUCAAAUGGAUGCUUCAGCUGGGCGAUGAUUGGAGAUGGGAGGAUUGGGACCCCGAAUUGAUCGAGUUAUCAGAUGAGCUGAACCCUGGAAACGCCACGACCGAUGACUACGACCUCUCCCCUUUCUAUAACAAGGGAGGCAAGGUUCUCCAUUAUCACGGCUGGUCAGACUGGUCUAUCGCUGCAGGUUCGAGCAUAUAUUUCUAUGACCAGGUUGUCAAUGCUUUACGUCCAAAGGGGAUAAACCUGGACGAUUUCUAUCGCUUCUAUCUGAUUCCCGGAAUGGGUCACUGCGGAGGCACAUCAGAUUUGAUGAAUGCCCCUUGGGUCAUUGCAGGCGAUGGCCAGUCUUCAAGCCUUGGGAGGGAUGGAAACGUCCACAGCGUACCUGGGCACGAGGAUGCAAAACACGAUGUAGUCCUUGCCAUGAUGGACUGGGUGGAAAAUGGAACUAGUCCAAAUGAGUUGAUUGCGACAAAGUUCGUGAAUGACAAGAAUCCGGAAGAGGGUGUAUAUCGUCAGCGUCCAUUGUGUGUGUAUCCUGCCGAGGCUCAAUACAAAGGCUCGGGGAAUAUUGACGCUGCGGAAAAUUGGGAGUGCAGAGAGCUGUAAUGGCACUGACACUGGGGACAACUUUGUGUAGAUGAUGCUUUCGCUC